AUACACCGAAACCGAUUGAUUUCCAGCCAUUUCGGUUGAGAAUUUCACAAACCGAAAUAUUCGGUUUCGGUUGGCCAUACCCAUACAAACCGACCGAAACCGAACCAAGCACACCCAUUAGCCCCAAAAAAAAAAAAGUUGGUUUGGGUCUUCUUUCUCAAUCUUGCAAAGUCACUCUCUAGGUCAAGCAACGAAAAUAUGGGUAAGAGACGUGUCGACUGGUCUGCUCUUCCAAUUGAACUCUUGCGUUCAAUCGCAGAAGCCAACCAAGAUCGCAGCUAUGUUGUAAGAUUUCGCAGCGUCUGUGCUUCAUGGCGAUCCUCUAUCCCUUCACCAGAACCUUCUAUCGUCUCAAGCUACCAGAUGAUGUUAAUCCAAACCCUUCAACAUGUUCAUCAAAGAGCUGGUUGGUCAAGGUGGAAGAUUUUGGAUUUGGAUUUGGUUUGAAAUAUCUUUUAAAUCCACUUACAAAUCUCCAUUUCGGGUUUACUUUUCCAAGGAUUAACUUAUUGGAUUAUCAAAUUGUCGAGGUAAGCAAAGGAUAUGAAAUUCAAUCUUUAAGUGAGAUGCCUAUUGUUGGUGUGAAUAAACUAGUGUUGUUUCCUGACUAUGUAUGUAAUAAUUCUUUUUAUGACACUGUGAUUUACGCUUUAUAUCAUGAAGGAAAGUUGGGGUAUAAGAAAUAUAGAGGUAGAAAUUGGACCCUUGUAGAUGAUCUCUGUCGCUAUGAUGACAUUAUUGCAUACAAGGGAAAACCCUAUGUUGUUGAUAAGUGGGGAAUAGUUUCAUGGAUUGAUUCAUCAAUGAAGCUGAUAGAAUUUUCGCCUCCAAUUCCGGAUUUUGGAAACCAGAAGCAUUUGGUGGAGUCACGUGGAGAGCUCUACGUUGUUGAUAGGUUCUUUGAUACAGAGAGGAGGCUUCACCAUCUCCCUAAGACAUUUACUUUCGAUGUUUAUAAGCUGGACCAAGAGUGCGGUCGUUGGGUUACGGUCGAGAAUUUGGGUGAUCGAGUUUUUAUUUUGGGUAAAGACAGUUCCUUCUCUGUUUCAGCUUCAGAAUUCUCUGGAUGGAAAGGGAAUUGCAUUUACUUAACUUAUGAAGAUGACAAAGGUGUCUUUGAUCUGGAGACUGGUGAGAUUGUAGAUUUCCAAGACUGGAGUCAUCCAUUUCGGCUUCCCCCAUCUUGGCUCAACUCAAAUCCUCGUCUAAAUGUUGGGUUAAGGUAAAUUUUUACUUGGUGGUUGUCUUUUUAAAUUAAUUUAGCAUGAGAUAGUAGUGCCCUUGAACUGCUCUAUGUUGGUUUGUCUUUUAUGAAUUUAGCUUUAUUUGUGAUGUCUCCUGUGUCACUUUGUUUAUUGAUUGUGAUAUUAAUCGGGUUUCAGCCCGACACAGUGGCUGAUUCUUGUCAUUUGAUAAUCCAUGUUGAUUGAAAAUUUGAUUUCAAUGGAGAUGUUGAGCAGGCUGUAAAAUAUUAAA